GAUUAAAAAUGCUUCAUGGCUGGUAUGCUCAUCCAAUACCAUAUAAGAUGACUAUUAAAGAUUUUUUUGAUAAACUCAUUAUAGGUGAAAUAUCUCCAGAAUGCAAUAUUUCUAUAGACCCCUCUGAAACGAUUGAUCAUAUUGAAUUAAGCCAAAUGUUAGACGCAGGUGCAACAACUAUUCAAGCUAGUCUUCAUUGUGAAAUAAUAGAGUCAACUAAAGCAUUUGGUUUAAAUACACAUUACUAUCUUAAAACUAGUGAUAUUGUAACUUCUCAUUUAGUGCCAUUAAACAAUAAACAAGUGUUAUAUAAUGAUAUAAUCGAAUGGAUUCAUCAAAAUGGUAGAGGGUGGUCUUCAAUUGAGGAUGCUGAUUCACAAGGAAAAAAAUUCGUUAGUUGUCUAUGUGAAGCAAUUUG